AUGAUUCUAUGGGCGAUCUGUUUAACUGCACUUGUGUGGACCACAACUAAAUGUGAACCACCAGUUAACAGCUAUCUACCUCCAUCUGGUAGUAAUUCUAGACCAUCUUCUCAAUAUGGCACACCAGCUCUAAAUGGCCAAAGGGGCCAGGGCCAGCUUCAAUCUCAAAGAUUCCAAAAUCAACCUGCCGAUAGCUUUAAUACACCUGGCUCGGGACAAUCCCUGACCUCCGAAUAUGGGGCACCUAGCCAAGGAUCUGGUUUUCCAAGGGGUGGUCAACGUGGAUUAGGGCAGGGAAACAUACCAAGUUCGCAAUACGGAUCUCCAAACGGUUUUGAUGGGCAAUCCUCAUUUGGUUCAGGUAGCAAUCGUCCUCAAACAUCUUACGGUACACCAAAUCAAGGUGGUAAUAACCAAUUUGGAGGACGUAAUGCCCAAAGACCUGAUGCUGCCUAUGGAACACCUGCAAGUGGCUUCCAGCCAUCCGGUGAUUUUGGUUCAGGUGGCUUUUCCGGUUCCAGUUCUCGCCCUGGAAGUAGAGGCCGUCAACCACAGAGAGGCUCACCUUCAUCAUCUUAUGGAACCCCUGAUUUCGGUAAUAAUCUAGAUGGUUCAAGUCAAAAUUAUCGUGGAUCAGGGGUAGACGGUUCUAAUGAACCUGCCAAAUAUCAGUUUAGUUAUGAGGUAGACGAUGCUGAAACAGGUACAAAAUUCGGUCAUUCCGAGCAAAGAGAUGGUGAUGUGGCUAUAGGGGAAUAUAACGUAGUGCUGCCUGACGGUAGGAAACAGAUUGUUGAGUAUGAGGCUGACCAGGAUGGAUAUAAGCCUCAAAUACGAUACGAGGGAGAUGCAUCUGGUUCCGGAUCUGGUUUUGGCUCCGGCGUUGGUUUUGGUGGUGGUCUUGGAGUUGGUCAAGGGGGCAGCCAAGGAUAUCCUGGUGGUGGUGCAGGUGCGAAUGCGUUUGCUGGUGCUGAUGCUGGUUAUCCGCGAGGUCCCGGUUCUCAAGGUAUCUCUGGUGGUUUUGGACAAAAUGCACCGGGUGGACAAGGAGGAAACGUCCCUGGUGCUGGGUAUCCCGGUCGCGGCCAAAGUCUGAGAGGCCCUGGGUUUGGAUCAGGUGGUGACGACGAAGGCUAUCCAAGUGGUGGACCAAACGGACCCAGAGGUUCUGGAUACUAA